GAUGACAGUCCGCUCACCUCGACGCCUCUGUGUCAACGCGAGACCAAACACCACCCCCUCCCCCCUUGCGUUUACAACUCCGGCGACACGAGGAAUAGGUCAGAACACUUUCAUAACACUUCAGCCACGGAACGAGUCUGCUUGUUCGUCAAUCCGAGAAGUUUUCACUUUUCAAGACGUGAAAAAAACACAAGAAGUUGGGUGGAUGGAGUGAUGUACAUUAUGCAGAAGUGGGAGAAAAGUGCAUUGGACAAACCGUUAAUAAGUUAAUACGUGUACUGGAUUUACUACUGUCCGACAACGAUAUUUUAUAUGGCUCUCUAAGUUCUAAUGACCCCCGUGUGUUUACUUCUACACCGGCGACAGAAGGAAUGGGUCAUAACACUUUAGCGACGGAACGUGCCUGCCGACCCAAGUUUUAUUUCAAGUGCUGAAAAGAACACAAGAGAUUGGAUGGUAUUUUCUCACUCUGAAGAAACGUGCUUUGGACUAAUCGUUUAUACGUUAACACAUAUUCACGAUUUACUCCUGUUUGACAACGCUGGUUUUAACUGUGUUUACUUCUGCUUCGACGACUCUGGGAAUUUGUCAUAGCACUUUAGCGAUGAAACGAGCCUGCCUGCCUACCAACCCGAUCACACAAGAAGCUGGAUUGGAUAUGGACACGCGGUAGAAAUGCUGAAUUUCCGGGAGUACGUAUUACGCCACUAUAACCUCUUCUGGGAUAAAACAUAGCCUGUAGGCCUCGCCUCUCCGCCAUUUUGUCUCUCUGGGCUCAGAGAACGGAUUCACACACUCUUCUCAUCGUCGUCGCCAUCUGUAGAGAGUUGCUGCCUCAGUCAGCAUUGUCAACACCUCCUCCCCCGCCGCCCCCCCCAUUUACCCCCACACCAGCAGCUCCUACUGCUUCUGACUGGUGGUUCGCUUUUUGUACAGAUCAGCAACACAGAAGACUCUCACCGAGCACCUGGGGUUCGGGUGUUGUCGCACCCACACCCCCCCCCCCUCUUCCCUGUCUCCCACAAAUCGUCGUCAACAACAACAACAACAUGGCGAUGUCAUCCAAGCAGUUCCCGAACCUCAAUCCUUAGUCGCGCUACCGCUGUCCAGGGUUGAGUGAGAGAGAUAACUGAGCACAAGAUGGCCGCCCAUCAUGGUCGGGAUAGAUCCUCACGGAGAGGUGAGGAGCACAUCCCGCUGACCUCGGACCAGGAUGAGAUGUCCACCGCGCCGGGUGGGCUGAGCUCCACGUCCCUGAGCGCAUCCUGCGCGGGAAUGGAAGAGCCCGUGGUGGAGGGCUUCACCAGCAGCCAGGGGAUACGCGCCAUUAACACAGAGCCCGUGCUGUCCCGGGACUCCCUGGCCGAUCUGGCCGACCCCAACGUCACGCGGCUCUCUUUUCUCGAUGAGGUGGACAAAAUCUUUGACCGCAACUGGCCAUGUGAGGCCAGCUCCCUGACCACAGAUCCAAACUGUCAUGCCCCCACUGCUACCUCAAUGGGCCGUGAGUCCAGCAAACUGGCCCUGUCCGAAUUCUAUCAAGUGGACGAAGCAGAAUAUUCCAGACAUCGGCGUGUCUCUUACCCUCACAUCCACCAGCCGCUGCGCUCACUGUCCAGCAAGUCUCUGACCAAGGCAGCCAAAGCCCACAAGGCCAAGAAGAAGCAUAAAAAGAAGAAGAAAAAGGAGAAGCUUCGGAGCUUUCCCUCGCGCAAUGCCAUCCAGAGCCCGCCCAUCCCGGAGGAAGAGGAGGAGGGCCAUCAUGAGGACCAGGAGAACUAUUCCAGCAGUUCCGAAAGUGAAGAUGAUGAUGACGAUGAUGAUGCAGAGGCGGAAGAAAGUCAGGACUUGAAGAUUGAUGAAACAACUGCCUUGCUGAAAUCAAAAGACGAUGAAAUGACCAACUCGCACUCAGCCUUACCAGGCAUGCAGCUGAUUCCAGCCACACCGUCCCCUGAGCACAAAGCUUCUACAGCACGUCCCUUUGACGGUGCGGGGACAACAACUAACGAUGGCUCCUCUCUAGAAGCAGAGGAGCAGCCAAGACGACCCAGCGUUCUGGGGAAUGAAACGGUGGGCUUUUACAUCGGCAACGACUUCCCGUCUCCAUCCCGGGAACCCUCUGUAGACCAGUUUUCCAGAACAUUCCAAAUCUCUCCACGAGACACUCCUUCACCAGACGUAGACCACACAGACCAGUUGCGGAGCCCUGCGUUUGGUGAAGGGGAAACAACCCCAGCUGCUGUCUUGGGGAUUUCGGAUGAAGAACCCAUCCCAUCUCACAGACCCGACUAUCUGCGGGUAACGGGUCCAGAGUUUGACGGCAGUACCAACGUGUCUCCCAUGCCCUCCCAUCCCCCGUCCAGGAAACACAGCACUGCAGGAAAGGUCACUUUUGUUGUUGGGGAUGACCCAAGCUACCACAACUUCCAGACUCAGCUCUCCGAUGGAAUAUCUCAGGCCAUAGAAGAUCGACAGGGAAGCUUUGUAGGAAAGAGUGAGGAAAAAGAGAGCAAUUGGAAGGCAGUGGAUGAAAAUGAGGUGGAAGGGGGUCAACGGCGAAAGUCACGAAGAGGGUCUGGUCGUCGGCGAGGCAGCAGUGACUCUGAGAGUUCGGAUGCAAGUGAUCAGCAUCAACUUCUCCGAGUGCCAAGUGAGGAAGGCAGUCAAUCGACUCGCUCUUCCAUUAAGCGCCGGCACCACCACCACCAUGAACACUUCGCGCAGUCUGACUUGGUCAUGCGCAGACAGAAAGGCAGUGAGGUGCAGCUCAAUGAGAAGUAUCAAAAGUCUCCCACUGAGACGGAAGAAGCGUCCAUCUUGAAUAAAGCCGACCUGGAUGACAUGACCAGUCACAGGUUUGAAGACCAGCGCGGUAUUCGCCGGCACAAAAUCACCAGGAGUAAAGGCACGAUAGUCCACAUGGGCAAGUCGCACCAUGAGAAGAAGCCGAGGGUGACCAAGAAAUACGACCACAGCCCUCACGAGAUGUUUGUAGAGCUGGACGAGCUUCACUUUGGCGGGGACGACAUGUGGGAGUGGCGGGAGAAGGCCCGCUGGAUCAAGUUUGAGGAGGAUGUGGAGGAGGGAGCGGAGCGCUGGGGCAAGCCGCACGUGGCCUCGCUCUCCUUUCAUUCUCUGCUGGAACUCAGGAGAGGUUUAGAAAAUGGUUCACUGCUACUUGACCUGGAGGCCACGGACCUAAACAGCAUCAUCCACAACGUGGUAGAGAACCUGGUCAUCCGCGACCUGGUGGAGGAGAGUGUCAAGGGCAAGCUGCUGCAGACUCUGCUGCUCAAACACAGACAUGUGAGUGGGCGCUCCGCCUUCCUGCGCCGGAACUCGUCCUAUUCCAACCUAGUCAGCUUGGACGCCUCCAAAAGACAUCAACAAGAGAAGGGCCUGAUGAAGACGCUUUCCCAGUCCAGCAUGAGCUCCCUUGGCAUGAGCAAGAACCCGAGCCAGUCGUCGCUGGGGCUGAAGAAGGGCAAGGAGAACAACAGCAACAGCAAGGCUCCCGCCAAACUGGAGAUGGUCAAGGUGGACGUGGACAACAACAUGCCAGCCAGUGGUGACCACACAAAUGGUGAACCCACUUACGGUGAGCCCGCCAAUGGUGAACCCACUAAUGGUGAGCCCGCCCACCCACCCUUCGUGGUGGCCACUACCACCGUCGAGCACUCCAACCUGACGGACAAACUCUCUGACGGGAUCCACAUUGGCCUGACACCGGUGGAGCAGAAGAAACAUGUACAAGACAUCAUGCGGAGGAUCCCCAAAGGCUCAGAGGCUAGCACUGUGCUGGUGGGACAGGUGAGCUUCCUCACCAAACCCGCCAUGGCCUUUGUGCGGCUGGCCGAGGGACAAGUGCUGGAGAACCUCACCGAAGUGCCUCUCCCCGUCAGGUUUCUGUUUGUCCUGCUGGGCCCGUCAGAAGGAGGCAUGGACUACCAUGAAGUGGGCCGCUCGCUCUCCACCCUCAUGUCUAAUCAGCAAUUUCACAACGUAGCUUAUCGAGCGGAGACAAGAGAGGACCUUCUCCGCGCCAUCAACAGUUUCCUGGAGGACUCCAUUGUGCUGCCCCCUGGUGACUGGGACCACCGCACCCUUCUGCCCAUCACGCACAUGGCGCGGAAACGAGCGCAGCUGCGACAUCAGAAGAAGCAACAGUCGGAGGAGAAGGAAGCUCAAAGAAAGAGGCAGGACAGGAAGAAAGGCAUGGCAGAAGUCCCGACCAUGCUGUCAGACAAGGACAAAGAAAAGGAGGAGCCCCCUCACGACCCGCUACAACGUACGGGCUGUCUGUUCGGCGGGGUCAUCAACGACGUUCGCCGCCGCUACCCGCACUACGUCAGCGACAUCAAGGAUGCGGCCAACAAGCAGAGCAUCGCAGCCCUCUUCUUCAUCUUCUUCACCUGCCUCUCUCCGUGCAUUGCCUUCGGAGGAUUGUUGAGUGAGAAAACGCACAGCCUGAUGGGAGUGAGCGAGACAAUGAUAGCAACCUCCGUGUUUGGCAUGAUGUUCAGUCUGUUGUGUGGCCAACCCUUGCUCAUCUUGGGAGCGACUGGACCCGUGCUUGUCUUUGAGGAAUCACUUUAUAAGUUCUGCGUGUCCAACGGUCUGGAGUUCCUGCCUGUGAGGUUCUGGGUCGGCUUCUGGGUGUUUCUCAUCACGACCUUGGCUGUUGCGCUGGAGGGCAGCUUCCUGGUCCGCUACGUGACCCGCUUCACCGAGGAGAUCUUCGCCAUCCUCAUCUCUCUCAUUUUCAUCUACGAGGUGGUCAAGAAGCUCAUGCAGAUUUUUGCCACCCACCCUCUGAAGGAAGACUACUGUGAUAUAGGGAACCUGACCGGUUUAGGCUCGGACAACGACACUCACCCAUACUCUGUGGGCAACGGCUCUGACUGGCUGGCCCACCUGGCUGGCAACAGCUCAGACUGGCUGGCGGAGGACACCACAGCGAACGGGACGAGUGUCUUUGGUCAUCUGUCAGACCAUUCAGCAGAGCACGAGGCGGAGAUAAAGAACCAGCCAAACACCGCCCUUAUGUCUCUCAUCCUGACACUGGGGACCUUCCUCAUCGCUUACUUCUUGAGGGUGUUUCGAAACAGCAAGUUCUUUGGGCGAAGUGUUCGGCGUGCCUUGGGAGACUUCGGGGUGCUGAUUGCCUUGUUGUCUAUGACCCUCCUGGGCUUGCUCAUGAACGAGACAUAUGUACAGAAACUGGACAUAACGGACCCCCUGACCCCGACCUCCUCAUCAAGGCCAUGGUUCAUCAACCCUACAGGAAUACACAGCUCCACUCCUGUGUGGAUCGCUUUCGCAGCCAUCCUGCCGGGCUUCCUCAUCUUUAUUCUUCUCUUCAUGGAGACUCAGAUCACAGAAAUGAUCCUGAACAAGAAAGAGAGGAAGCUCCAGAAAGGCUCGGGCUACCACGUGGACCAGCUCCUCCUGGGUUUCCUGACCUUCGUGGGUGGCCUGUUUGGCCUGCCGUGGAUGUGUGCGGCCACCGUGCGGACUGUCGCUCACGUCAGUGCGCUCAGCGAGUACAGUCGGACACAUGCCCCCGGAGAGAAGCCGCAGCUGCUGGGGGUCAAAGAGCAGAGGGUCACCAACUUUGCCGUGCACUUGUUGAUAGGUUUGUCGGCCGGCCUGGGCCCCGUCCUGCGGGCCAUCCCUGUGCCAGCUCUGUUCGGCGUGUUCCUGUACCUGGGCGUGUCGGCCAUGAGUGGUGUGCAGAUGUUUGAGAGGAUCAAGCUGUUGCUCAUGCCCGUCAAGUACCAUCCGUCGGUCAGCUACGUCCGUAAGGUGCGGACCAUGGCCAUGCACAAGUUCACGCUGAUCCAGCUGGGUUGCCUGGUUUUCCUCCUCAUCAUCAAGUCGACACAGGCCGCACUCGCCUUCCCCUUCAUGCUCAUCCUGUUGGUGCCGCUGAGAAUGAAGGCUGUGGUUCGGUUCUUUAGCAAAGAAGAAUUAGAAGAGUUGGACAAAGAAGAAGAAGCCUUUGACCUGGAUGAGGAAGAUGAUCCGGAUUUCUACCAACAGGCUCACAUGCCUAUCUAAACAAGACCUCUACAUCUGUACUUUGGCUUGCUACAUCAGACAUCUCCACAGACAUCUCCACCUGGAUAUACAUUAAUCUACAGGUCUUUCAAGACCAUGCAUCAUCAUAUAUUUAUUCUAGCAAGAGUGUUUCCACACCUCUUUUACUUACGACUUACGAGUUCAGAAUCUUGUUGAGAUGAAUCUUGACUAAGGAUCUCCACAUGCCGCCAUGUGUCUCAGGCACAGGAAGUCAAUAUUUUAUCUUGCAAAUUUCCUGGAUUGUUGGAGCGCAACAGCACGUACCCUACAGAACUACUCUCCCGAUAUGAGUCCUCUAACGCAACCGUCUCUUAUGUGCCCAUGUCUGCCAGAAAUCACCAGUGCUUCCAGGUUGUUUUUUUGUCUAUUAAAUAUUCCUGGGAAGCUCUCGUGCUGUGUUUUGCGUGUGAAAAUCAAAAUGAUUUACUGGAUAUCUGUGGCAACUGUGUUCUUACAACAUCAGUGGUGGAAUGGUAGAGGGUUCUGCCUCCUUGAAGAGAACAGAUGAGAUCUUUUCCUUACCAUCUAGCUGGAUUUCUACCCAUGGCCUAAUGAUUGCUUGUGUGGUGUAGCCAAAAGUUUGCCUGCUUGCAGUGUAUCCGUGUCACUGAUGCAGUGUUAAAAUUGUGUAGCGUCAUUCCUGGUAUUGUGGUGUUUGUGACUUUUUCGUUACACUGUUACAGGAAGUUAGUAGUACCAAUGCACUUGUACACAUGAAAGGAUUAUAGUCAUAGUGUAAGUGUUUGCCCAUACCCUGAGCAUGAAUAACCCUGAGAGGAACGCAGUGCGUGUGUGUCGAAAGGUUUAACAGUGCAAACAAACCAACCUGUUAACCUAGCUUUUCUGUUAUAAAAUCCAGUCAGCAAUUUCAUUUUUAUAUAUGCAAAUUCUGAAUUUGAAGUGGACCAUAUUGCAACACCUUACUUGUGCAUUUUUGCAAAUCUGUUUGAAUUGUCAGUUGUUUGUGACUUGAUGUUUCAGCAUGUGUUAAAAAUGUGCUUGAGCCAUGCCGUGACGAUACUGUACAGCAAUUUGAAAUGGAAGCAAGAAGGAAGUUUGAGUAAUUUGAAACUGAUGUUUGCUCCCGAUGAUUGUGUACUCGCUGUGCUUGGCUCCUCAAGUUGCCUUCUCAAGUGCUCACAACAAAGUCUACAUUUAAAGAAAGGAUACUUAAAGAGACUGCUACAUUUGUGCCUACACUCUAUGUAGCUAUAGUGUUUGCAUUGAUACACACGCUCACAUAGACCUUAUGUCAUAAGAUAAAGUCAGUGAAGGUGUUGCUUUAACAUUAGCUGUCAGUGUACCCAAUAUUUGAUGUGACAUGUAAACGGCAAUACGGAGUAAGUGGUGAUUGAAAUGAGGUGGGGACAAAGAUUUUGUAUACAUACUAUAAUAACGUUUUAAAUGCUGGCACCAGGAAAAGGGACGGUAAGGUGAACUUUGUAUGCUAGUCUGUGUAACCAGAAAGCUUUAAAAUCUAUGUAGUCCUUGUUUUGGAACUUCUCACAGUGCCAUUGGCUGGGUUGCUAUCAUUAAACAGAUGGAGAGAUGGACAGAGAGUGGUGGGAUCUGUUGUCGUGAGGGAUUUCUGUUGUUUGUAGCGCUCAAGACUUUGGUUCAGUUUAAUACCAGGGCAGUGCCUGUGACUUUUGUAUUGUGGUGGAGCUGAGGGGGAAUUGUUUUUUUCUAUAUGUUGGCUGUAACACAUCAGGUGCACAUUCCUACAUCGCACUGGACAGAAAAUCCUGGAUCUGAUGUCUCUAUUUUGCUGCUGAUUUUUAGCUUUGCAGAACUCCGAUGUAUUGCACAAUAUAUAACUAAAAGAUAAGAUCCAAUGUUUUUUAAUGAACCAUGUACGCCUUUAUGAAUUUGCUAAUCCUGAUCCAUGCAUGUAUUUGUUGUGAAGUGAAUGAUUAGCAGUUUUCAAAAUUCAUUAUGUGAGACACUAGUUUCUUUUUAAUGUACUCUGCCUUCUUUCCUAGUGAGUAGACCAAUGGAUAGUGUGGCCAAUCAAAACAGAGAUGAAUGCACCUUUCUGUUUGUAGCAGUUUCUUUGUUGCGAUGUGGCCUAGAUUUGUUUUAAAGCAUGUUUUACUAAACCAUGUGUCCGUGGAGUCGAGUGAGUAUGCAGCUGUCAACCUCAUUUUUUUAUACAAAAGCUUUUUUCUACAUUAUCAUUUCUCAUGCUGUCUUUUGCUGGACUGUGGGCUUGUUAUGGUAGGUGACAAAAAUGUUUUUGCGGAUGCAAAGGAUAAUUGUUGUGAAUAUAUUUUGAGAAUCUGUGGUCUUGAGUUUUUUGAUGCAGGUAUAGAAACUGUAUGGUCGUGUCAUGACUGCUUAAUGGCUUUGACCGUGUCCACUGUAUCUCCUACAGGUGGUGGUGGUGGCUCUCGUUGAUGUUGAAUUCUCUGGAUAGUUUAUAUGAAAUGAGCAUUCUGAAUUCUGCAACGAAUCAAAUAUUUGUGAGUGCUUUCCUCAUUGUAUAAAAACACAGCAAAACUAAAGUGUUAACUGAAAUAAUGUACUGUAUUUGCCGGCUACUUUGUUUAUAAAAGAAAAAGUGGUGUCUUUGAAUGUUGACUCUAAGAGUAGAUUUGUUUGCUUUGUGCAGAGAAGUUCUUGGUGUCCUCACUACUCACUGCAAGUGAAAGAGAGAGGGAGAGAGAGACACUUAGAACAGAAGGAGAAAGAGUGAGAGGGAGAGGGAGAGAGACACCAAGAGAAAAAGAGAGAGCAUGAGAGGGACUGACAUGGAGAGAGAGACAGGGAAAGAGAGACUGAGAGAGAGGCAGAUAAAGAGAGACCAAGAGAGAGGCAGAUAAAGAGAAACAGAGAGAGAGAGUGCAGAGAGCACCUUGGGAACUAACCUGAUGAUGCAUUUCAAUGUAUGCUGUGACCAAUGUUGUUAAUCAUAAUGUGCUGGGUUGAAAGAGAGGAAUGGAUGUGAAAGAGAAAUGUAUUAUUGCUUGGAGAGGAUAUUGCCAGAAUUUCAUUCUGCUAUAUUUUUUACACAAUGUUUUGGAGUAGAUUUAUCAAAUUAAUAAUCAGAAUUAUUUUUUAAAGGGAAUUUAACUCUGACUUUUUAUGUGUUUUAUUUUUAACAAAACUUUUUAAAAGGAUAAGACCAUGUUGCUUCAACAGACAAAAAGAAUGGUUUCCUUGUGGUAGGACACUUGACAUGCCUCGUUCGAAGAACUGACAGGAAUACAUUUCGUUAACGUGUAUCAACUGAUUGACAGGGCUGUCUGGUCCUUGGUAGCAAAAAUGAGCUUUUUAGAAAAAUAGGAGGGAAAAAAUAUCUUGACAAACUCUCUUGGGUUCAUUAUUUUUUAUCAAACAAACGCAAAAGAAACUGGGCUCAUAAUUUAGAGACAUAUUAUUUUUUCCUCCCCAAAAGUUUCAAGUUUUUAUAAAAGUAAAAGCUCAAACCUCAGUCAAAAUGCUGUUGAGCUGUUCAACUUAUGGGAAUGAUAAUGAAAUGAACGUUUGCUCCCAAAAUGGUUCUUAUUAUUCUUUUGGUGUUGAAAUUGUUAAUAUAUUUUGAAUGUUUAAAAGUUUUGAGAUAGUUUUAAGUAGUUGUGGGCUGUUAUUUCUUCGGACCUGUAGCUCUUUUACCACUUUGUGAGUUAAGUCCUGUUCUUGGUUGAUUUUGUAGUCUUUAUGUUUUCUGAAAAUGGCUGUCCAACAUUUUGGAGGUACGACGUAAAAAUGUCCCUUUCAAGCUGUGAUUCUCUCCAGCCAACCGUUGCAAGAAAUUCUAAUGCCUUUGCUUCAGCUUCAAGCCAUCUCGGACGCAAAAGUUUGAGGAAGCCUUUCUUUUUGGCUGGGUUGUUUCGCUGCAACUAAUGAUUCUUAAUUUUUAGCGAAGUUUUGGGCAUGACUUUUUUUAAUAUGUUGUGCUUUUGAUUGCCACCAGAAAUAUGUUUGGUAAUAUAAUAUAAUAUGUUUACUGUUAAACUGUGCUGCUCAGAGGUGUCAGUGGCUGGUGCAACUAAGACUGCCAAAAGCUCAAGAUCUAAAUGUUUGAAAGUGGGAUGAGUUUUGCAAGGUCUGUUCACUCACGCGUGGUACAUUGAAGCUGCUUUGGAAUUAUGUGUGUUUAUUUUUUGACUAUUGCAGUUAUGAUAUCAUAAGUUUAGGCGGAAUUUUUUAAUGUAUUAGUCUAUGGUUUUUGAUGAUGUUCUUUGUAAAUAGAGAUUUUAGAGAAGAAGCAAA